UUUUAUAUGCACACCCUCCUCUCCCGGUCCAAGCGGAGAUCCCGGCCCUAAAGGCUUUCCAGGAAGGAGAGGAAUACCUGGCAAGAACGGAAAAGCAGGAAUGCGUGGUUUGCCUGGAAAAAUAGGGGAGAGAGGAAAUCCAGGCCUCCCUGGAAUACCAGGACAGGCAGGCCUUAGAGGAACUCCGGGAACUGUAAGUUGUUUUUGCACUCUAAUAAAAAUGGUUGUGAUAGAGUAAGGAAGAGAGAGAUA